UAUAACGAAAUCAUUGCCUCUUUUUGCACGAUUGGUAAUUCGAUAAACGUUUUCUGGAUUUCUGAGAUUUCGAAUCCUAGAAGUCUCGUUUGUUCACGUUUUCUGCCGCUAAAUGACUGUACUCUGGAUUAUUAGUCGACUAUUCGUGUGUAUUAGUCAUAGACUAUGAUUAAUAGGCUGUAACAGAGUUUACAAUUCUUUUUUUUUUAUUUCCGUUUCCGAACACUUUUAUCAGAAUUAUUAUAAUACCGUCGAAAUCGUAGAAUAUUUUAUUAUUUUGUUAUUUUAUCAACCGCGUCGCUCAUCGCUAGGCGAUAUUAAAUGGUACUGUUUUCAAAGUAAAGUUGACACGCUCUGAAAGACUGAAAACGAAUCGAGGAAUAAAUACACGUUGAUACAAUUUCUCGUUGAACAAAGUACAAAAACAACGGAAAAACAGAGUUAAAAACAACGAGAGAAAUGCGGCUGACGAGUUUCAUACCGCGUAUUUAUAUAUACGUAUUCGAAUUUUGAUUAAAGUUAAGUCUGUUUUAUCAAUCUAAUUAAUGAUUUCGUUAUUACGUAGAUGUUACGUUAGAAAUUUGAAUUUUCAAUCGAAAAUAAAUUCACCGAGUAUUUUAAAAGAUUAACCAUGCUGAAUACGAUAAAGGAGUGUUUGAAAAAUAAUGUACGAAAACGAAAUAAAGUCGUACGAUUAAAUAAAUCCGAAAACAAGAAGCAACCUUUAAAAAAUAUGCCAGUCUUUCAGUAUCCGAUAAGCAACGAAAGAGAUCACAGAGUAUACGUUUGGGGUAUGGCAGAACACGGUGCUCUUGGAACGGUAAAAUCAAUGUCGUACGAAAAAGGCAUUUCUUAUAUCGCGAAGCCAAGACGAUUAAGUUUUGCGGAGAAACAAGAUGUAACCAAUAUAUGUUGCGGUUACGGUUUUACUGCUUUCGCCGUAAGAUCUAAAGAUAAGAAUAUUUUAUACGGAAGUGGAAUAAAUACAGACUCGCAGCUUGGUUUCGACGAGAGCGAUAAGAAGUUCCUGGAUGAUUUGAUAACCGAACCAAGACCUAUCGAUUUACCCCUUAAAGAUUCUUCCACCAAAAUUACCGAUAUGGCAGCUGGAAGAGCACAUUUGUUGAUAUUGACGAGCGAAGGUUUAUUUACAUUAGGAAACAAUUCGUAUGGACAAUGCGGUCGUCCUAUAAUAUUAGACGAAAAUUACAAGAAAAGUAAAGUAGUUCAUCAUAUAUCCGAUAUUAAAGGAAAAAAGAUCAAGGCUGUAACAGCCGGGCAAGAUCAUAGCAUACUCUUGACAGAAUCUGGUGAGGUGUACACUUUUGGUUGGGGUGCAGACGGACAAACUGGAUUAGCGCAUUAUCGAAACGAAUAUAGACCAAGUUUAGUUAAAGGAGAUUUAGCUGGACAGCAUAUCAUAAAAGUUGCUUGCAUCGCAGAUUGUGUAUUAGCACUCAGCGAUAAAGGAAAAGUAUUUGGUUGGGGUAAUUCCGAAUACGGACAACUAUUUACCCACGGUGAAAAUCAACAAGUGAAUAUAGCUACCGAGUUGACCGCUUUAGAGGACGUGGGUCACGUUAAAGACAUCGCGAGCGGUGGUUGUUUCUGUAUGGUUUUAAAUAGUGCGGGUGAUGUUUACGUAUGGGGAUACGGUAUUCUUGGUCUUGGACCUGAAGUCAAAAGAAUUAUGCAACCAACUUUAAUUCCAUCCGUGCUGUUUGGUAGAAACGCAUACGUGAAGGAUGCGAAAGUAAUGAAAAUAUUUUGCGGUACAAGUCAUCUUGCGGCUUUAAAUAAUCUCGGUGACUUGUACAUGUGGGGUUGCAACAAAUUUGGAUCCUUAGGAUUAGGACAUACGAAAGACCAAUAUUUCCCAUUAAAGGUAAAUGUAGGGGCUCAGGUAAGGAAAGUAGCUUGCGGAGUAGAUCAUACAGUUACACUCUGUAAACCUUUUGUUUGAGACACAAUAUAUUUUUCAUAUAAUAUAUGUUAAUAUAUUAUUUACAAAAAGUAUGUAUAAAUUGUUGCUUCGAUUUGUCAUAAAAAUAUAAUACAUGUAGAUAAUCUA